CCAUUUUGGUUCAUCCGUCAAAUUGAAGAACCUCGGAAUGUCGAAAACGCCAGCGAAGCCCGGAAAACGGCGACAAUAUACAGCUACGAUAACAAUAAACCUGUCGGCGGUGGCAGCAGGUUUAUCAAUCGGCUGGACAUCGCCGAUGAUAGCUCCCCUGCAAGAUGCAAAUACUCCGGUUGGCAACGAGCCCAUGACGCAGGACCAAAUCUCCUGGCUGACGGCGAUUUUUUGCAUUGCACCAUUAUUCGCUCUUCCCUUCUCAAGCCCAUUAACAGAAAGGUUCGGACGAAAGAUAUUCGCCAGUUCGAUAUCAGUUCCCCUGGGAUUGAGCUGGCUUCUCACCCUCCUUGCGAAGGACUUCUCUUGUCUGGUAGUCGCCAGAAUUAUGGCCGGUGUUGGUCUCGGCAUGGUUAUAUUCAUUGUUCCCAUAUACGUAGCUGAAAUUUCGAGUGAUGAAGUAAGAGGAAUUCUCGGUAGCUUCCUGAUGUUUGCACUGAACAUCGGAAUUCUUCUGGGAUUCAUCUUCGGAGCUACGAUGUCCUAUCAGAUGUUUGCGAUAUGCGGACUGACGCUUCCGAUUCUGUUCGUCAGCGGUUUCGCCUUCAUGCCUGAAACACCGGUUUAUCUACUGCGAAAGGAUUGUAACGAUCAAGCGAAAAGAUCGCUCAUGUGGCUUUGGAACAGCGAUGAGACGACUGUCGAUUGCGAGCUCUUAAGGUUGCAGCAAAUCGUCAAAGAAGGUUUGAGUUCCGAUAGAUCAGUGGGGUUUAAGGAUCUGUUGCGGGAUCGGGGAACCGUCCGAGGGUUUCUGAUUGCCUUGGCACUUCUGCCUGGACAGCAGACUUCUGGAAUUACCGUCGUCUUCAUGUAUACAGCGACAAUCUUUAGAUUGGCGGGAUCUUCACUGGAUCCAGACUCAGCGGCUAUAAUUCUCGCUGCAAUGCAAGUGUUCGGCUCAUUUUUGUCAACAAUGGCCAUUGAACGAGCCGGAAGGAGAUUGCUGCUGUUAAUUUCCUGUCUGGGGAUGGCGAUUUCUCACUGUCUACUAGGACUAUUCCUUCUAUUUCAACAUCUGGAUUAUGAUGUCGAGUCUGUCAAGUGGUUGCCUGUUGUUGCUUUGUCAUUCUACACGAUUCUUUAUUGCAUUGGCAUAGGACCAGUGGCGUAUGUUGUUACGCCCGAAGUCCUCAGUCCUGAUGUCUCGGGCUUAGCUAGCUCAGUUGCCGUCGCCUUCAUGUGGAUUAUAUCCUUCGUAAUUAUCAAAGGCUUUCCAUUAGCCAGUGAUGUAAUUGGAAAUUACGGAUGUUUUUUUGUUCUUGCAUCAUGCUGUGCGUGCACCACUGUGUUUACGUAUUUUGUCGUUCCCGAGACGAAGGGGAGAGCUAUCGAAUCCAUUCUCAAAGAGUUGAAUGGCGAAGCGGUGGAGGCGGGGGGGAGUGAUGCGAAUAAAGAAUGUUCAGUUAAAGCUUAAUUGGUUACUUAUUUUUUUAUCGAAUUUUUGUAGAUGCCUUGUCUAUAAUAUUUCGUCAUUGAAAGUUUACAAUUUCAUGAGAAAAUCAAUGGAAAUUGUAAAUUUUAGGUGAAUUAUUCCCGGAGAAUGGUAGGAAUUAAGAAAAUUCAUGUAAAUAUAUUCGCCUGAAUAUUUAUGUUUAGAUUAAAAAUUCAUGUACGUUGGGGAAUUCUUUGUGUCCUGCUUAUGAAAAUCUGGGAAUGCCACUGAAUUUUCAUUGAAAUUUGAUAUUUUAUGAUUUUCAUUUCUCUAAAUUAAAUUCAA